AUGGCCGAUCGAGGACGUUUCCGUGGCGGAUUUGGAAGUGGCGCAGGUGGUCGCGGAGCCGGAGGUGACCGCGGACGAGGUGGACGUGGUCGUGGAGGUCGUGGUGGUCGAGGAGGACGUGCUGGCCGUGGAGGUGAGAAGGAAUCUGAGUGGGUUCCUGUAACGAAGCUUGGACGUCUCGUGAAAGAUGGAAAGAUCACAACUCUCGAGGAGAUUUACCUCAACUCUCUACCCAUCAAGGAAUACGAGAUCAUCGACACUCUGUGCUCUAAGCUAACCGAUGAGGUUCUCAAGAUCACCCCUGUACAGAAGCAGACAACUGCCGGUCAGCGUACCCGCUUCAAGGCCUUUGUCGCUAUCGGAGAUCACAAUGGCCACGUUGGACUCGGAGUCAAAUGCUCCAAAGAAGUUGCCACCGCUAUCCGUGGAGCCAUCAUUGCCGCCAAGCUUGCUGUUAUCCCUGUGCGACGUGGUUACUGGGGUAACAAGAUCGGUCUUCCCCACACCGUUCCCUGUAAAGUGACCGGAAAGUGUGCAUCUGUCAUGGUACGGCUGGUACCCGCUCCUCGUGGUACCGGAAUUGUGUCAGCGCCUGUUCCAAAGAAGCUGCUUCAAAUGGCUGGUAUCCAAGAUUGCUACACGUCAGCCACAGGAUCAACCGCCACCCUUGGAAACUUCGCGAAGGCCACCUACGCUGCCCUUCAGCGUACCUACUCCUACCUCACCCCUGAUCUGUGGAAGGAGGAAGCGCUCGAUAAGACCCCGUACCAGCGUUACCAUGAUUUCCUUGCUCGCAAUUAA